AUGGCCGAGCUGAGCGGCGCGCAGAUCCCCGAUGGGGAGUUCACUGCCGUCGUGUACCGGCUCAUCCGGGAUUCGCGCUACGCCGAGGCCGUGCAGCUGCUGGGCGGCGAGCUCCAGCGGAGCCCGAGGAGCCGCGCCGGCCUGUCGCUGCUGGGCUACUGCUACUACCGCCUGCAGGAGUUCGCGCUGGCGGCCGAGUGCUAUGAGCAGCUGGGCCAGCUGCACCCGGAACUGGAGCAGUACCGCCUGUACCAGGCCCAGGCCCUGUACAAGGCCUGCCUUUAUCCAGAGGCCACCCGGGUCGCCUUCCUCCUCCUGGACAACCCCGCCUACCACAACCGCGUCCUCCGCCUGCAAGCAGCGAUCAAGUACAGCGAGGGCGACCUGCCCGGAGCCAAGAGCCUGGUGGAGCAGCUACUGGGCGGGGAAGGGGGAGAGGACAGUGGGGGCGAGAACGAGCCCGAUGGUCAGGUCAACCUGGGGUGUUUGCUCUACAAGGAGGGACAGUAUGAGGCCGCGUGUUCCAAGUUCUUUGCGGCCCUCCAGGCUUCGGGCUACCGGCCUGACCUUUCCUACAACCUGGCUUUGGCCUAUUACAGUAGCCGGCACUAUGCCUCGGCUCUAAAGCAUAUCGCCGACAUUAUUGAGCGUGGCAUCCGCCAGCACCCGGAGCUAGGUGUGGGCAUGACCACUGAGGGCAUCGAUGUUCGAAGUGUUGGCAACACCUUAGUCCUUCACCAGACUGCCCUGGUGGAAGCCUUCAACCUGAAAGCAGCCAUAGAAUACCAACUGAGAAACUAUGAAGUGGCCCAGGAAACCCUCACUGACAUGCCACCUAGGGCAGAAGAAGAGUUAGACCCCGUGACCCUGCACAACCAGGCGCUAAUGAACAUGGAUGCCAGGCCUACAGAAGGGUUUGAAAAGCUACAGUUUUUGCUCCAACAGAACCCCUUUCCCCCGGAGACCUUUGGCAACCUGCUGCUGCUCUACUGUAAGUAUGAGUAUUUCGACCUGGCAGCAGAUGUCCUGGCCGAGAAUGCCCACUUGACUUACAAGUUCCUCACACCCUAUCUCUAUGACUUCUUGGAUGCCUUGAUCACCUGCCAGACAGCCCCUGAAGAGGCUUUCAUUAAGCUUGAUGGGCUAGCAGGGAUGCUGACUGAACAGCUCCGGAGACUCACCAAACAAGUACAGGAAGCAAGACACCAUAGAGACGACGAAGCUGUCAAAAAGGCAGUGAAUGAAUAUGAUGACACUCUGGAGAAGUACAUUCCUGUGUUGAUGGCCCAGGCCAAAAUCUACUGGAACCUUGAGAAUUAUCCAAUGGUGGAAAAGAUCUUCCGCAAAUCUGUGGAAUUCUGUAAUGACCAUGAUGUGUGGAAGUUGAACGUGGCUCAUGUCCUGUUCAUGCAGGAAAACAAAUACAAAGAAGCUAUAGGUUUCUAUGAACCCAUAGUCAAGAAGCAUUAUGACCACAUCCUGAAUGUCAGUGCUGUUGUGCUGGCUAACCUGUGUGUUUCAUAUAUUAUGACCAGUCAGAAUGAAGAAGCUGAGGAGUUGAUGAGGAAGAUUGAAAAGGAGGAAGAGCAGCUGUCCUAUGAUGACCCCGAUAAGAAAAUCUACCACCUCUGCAUUGUGAAUUUGGUGAUAGUGAACUCCCCAUCGGGGAUCUGCGCGCCGCUCAGCUCGGCCAUAACCGCCAAGCUGGUGGUGCGUGCUGGUUACCACGGCAACAAGCCCACCGGAAACGGAAAGCUGCUCGCUUCUAAGACCGGGAGUCCUGCAAGACCAAACAAACGCUUCGAUGCAGUUGAGAUACGAAAACUCCACUUCCCGGCAUGCACCACUGCAGUCGCGCCGCAGUCGGGAACGUGCCCGCUCUGCCUGCUGGGAGUUUAG